UAUUUUUACGCACUUUGGACAAUCAGUGAAAAUAUUGAUGCUCCUUCUCCAGAACUGCACGAUUUUUAACAACAAACUUUAAAAGAGGAACCAUGCAAGUUUAUGUGGCUGUGAUGUUCGCGUAUGGGGUGUCUGCUCUCAAUGUCACCGAGGAAAAAGCGGCGUGCCCUCUUGGAUAUUUCCCAUGUGGCAACUUGACCGUGUGCCUGCCUCAGCUCCUGCACUGCAACGGCAUCGAUGACUGUGGGAAUCAAGCGGACGAGGAGAACUGUGGAGAUAAUAAUGGAUGGCCGCAUCUUUUCGACAAGUUUUUUGGAAUGCCCAGCUAUAACGCUGGGACAAAGUCCAGUGUUUGCUUGCUGGGUUUCGUUCCUGAGCUCUGUAAGUGCCGAGAUCUGGAGCUGGAAUGUGACGAUGCACAGCUUCAAGACAUCCCAGUGGUGGCGAUUAAUGUCACCAUGAUGUCCCUUCAAAGGAACCAUCUCCAGAAACUGAAAGCAAACACAUUCUCGAAGUACCAGAGCCUACAGAAACUAUAUCUCCAACACAACAGAAUUCAAGAUGUGAGUCCUGACGCAUUCAGAGGGCUGUAUAAUCUAACAAGACUAUAUCUGAGCUAUAACAAGAUCUCUGUCCUGAUGCCGGGGGUGUUCCAGGACCUGCACAAGCUGGAGUGGUUGAUCCUAGAAAAUAACAAUAUCCAUCAAAUAUCCUCCAUGACCUUCUCAGGACUGAACUCCCUCGUUUUACUGGUCAUGCUGAACAACUCUUUGACCAAGCUGGAUGACAUCUGUCGGGAAAUGCCAAUAUUGAACUGGCUGGAUUUGGAGGGAAAUCUAAUUGAAACCAUUGGAAAUGUCUCAUUCUGCUCGUGCAGUAUGCUGACAGUUCUUGUUUUACAGCAGAACAGGAUCAGCCAUAUACACGAACAUGCUUUCUCAGUCCUCCAAAGGCUUGGAGAAUUGGAUCUAUCCAACAACAGACUCGUGGCGAUCCCUCCUAAUCUCUUUGUUUUACUCGGGGAUUUGCUCCAACUGAAUAUAUCUUAUAAUCCCAUUGUGGAGCUCCAAGUUGACCACUUUGACAUGCUGCAUAAACUGAAGUCAUUAAGCAUAGAGGGGAUAGAAAUUGGAAACAUACAACGAAGGAUGUUUGAACCUCUCAAAUACUUGACUCAUAUCUACUUCAAGAAAUUCCAGUACUGCGGCUACGCUCCUCAUGUGCGCAGCUGCAAACCCAACACUGACGGCAUCUCGUCCUUCGAGGACCUGCUGGCCAACAUCGUGCUGAGGGUCUUCGUGUGGGUCGUCUCCGCCACCACCUGCUUCGGCAACAUCUUCGUCAUCUGCAUGCGCUCGUACAUCCGAUCAGAGAACAAACUCCAUGCCAUGUGCAUUAUUUCCCUCUGCUGUGCAGACGGGCUGAUGGGCAUCUACCUCUUCAUGAUCGGUGCGUAUGAUCUGAAGUUCCGCGGCGAGUACAACCGGCACGCUCAGGCCUGGAUGGACAGCGGUCAGUGUCAGGUCAUCGGCUCGUUGGCCAUGCUGUCCACCGAGGUGUCCGUCCUUCUCCUCACCUACCUCACUCUGGAGAAAUACAUCUGCAUCGUCUACCCCUUCCAGUACUUGACGCCUGGCUGGCGACGAACUGUCACCAUCCUUCUCGGGAUAUGGGUGUUCGGCUUUAUUGUCGCCCUUCUGCCGCUGGCCUGCAAGGGGCUAUUUCGCAACUUCUACGGAACCAAUGGCGUUUGCUUCCCGCUGCACUCUGAGCAGCCAGAGACGCUUUGGGCUCAUGUUUACUCCAUCGUCAUUUUCCUGGGUUUGAACUUGGUGGCGUUCCUCAUCAUAGUCUUAUCCUAUGCGAGCAUGUUCUAUAACAUCCAGAGAACAGGGACUCAGACCACUAAAUACAGCAACCACAUCAAGAAAGAGGUGACCAUCGCCAAAAGGUUCUUCUCUAUCGUCAUCACUGACUCCCUUUGCUGGAUCCCCAUUUUCAUCCUCAAGAUUCUGUCCCUGCUGCAGGUGGAGAUUCCCGGUACCAUAAGCUCCUGGGUGGUCAUAUUCAUUCUGCCCAUCAACAGCGCCCUUAAUCCCAUCCUAUACACGCUAACCACUCGGCCUUUCAAAGAGACCAUUCUGCAGGUAUGGGCUAACUACAGGCAGAGGAGGCCUCUGUUCAGCGGACACCCGGCUCAUCAUCCGUCUCUCACCUGGCAGGAAAUGUGGCCCCUGCAGGAGAACAGCCACGGCCUCGCCACGGGGCACCCGCUGGAAACUACCGACACAAUAGCCAAGUUCACCCCUGUAGAAAAUACAAACGAAGGAUACAAUGUCAUUACCUCGUGCACACAGCAAAUACAGAAGCAGCACACAGUGCUGUCAGUAUGCUCAAAGAAACAAACAAUGCCACACACACACCGGCCCACACGCACACAAACAAAUGAUCUGGGUGUCGAAUAGCAGAUCUACAUUCAUCAAAGAGUCACCUCAACAGACAGAAUGAGAUUCACGUUCAUUGAUCUGAGCCCAGAUUUAUCCUUUGUGGUUAAAGAUCAUUAGUAUUCAUUAGUAUCUUUGGAAAUCUCACUGUGUGCAUUGCUUGACCAAGCAGCAGCAUCAGUUAUGGAAAUAGAUGAAGUCAGCGCAGAAAUCCCUGAUGUGGCGGUGCAGCUCCUGUAAUGAAGAGUACAUGCCGGCUUCCAGAAGAUAUCUAUCAAUACAGAGCAGAAGCUUUUUCCCAUUUAUAGUUUGGCUUUUGUUCCACUAGCUUUCAUCUUCUCAUCUUCUCAGUUAAAUCUCUCACGGAGGGCUUCUAUCAUCAUCAUUCUUUCUGAAAGCGGAGUAUCCAGUCUACUAUUAUAUUGAGCAAGUACAUUUUUGACAAUUAAAAUGUCUCCCAUUAACCCUUUAACAGCACCUAUGUGGUCUAAUACUCAUUAUUAUGUUAUUGUGGACUGGUACCUGGAGAAGUGGCAGUUUGUCUGCCCAGGCGCUGGAUUUAUAAUCGCUGUUUAUUUUAGAAUAUGGACAAGAAAAUAAGCAUUAUAAGACAAGAAGCUGUAAAUCAGCCUGUGCUGGUGUAGCAGCCAGUGUACACGACAAUAAUGCAAAGGGAUAGCAUGGGACAGGCAUUGCAUACCACAGCAACGACCACUUAUGAUGUUCCUAAAUAUUAAAAUGAAUUGUAGGUGUUUCACUGUAAACAUCAAAAACAGGAACCACUAAGAUAGGCGGCACAUCCUUAUGCUGCUCACGAUUUAUCGCUGACCCUGGCAACAUGGCUCAUAUGUUUCUUUCCAUAAAUGUAACCUUGGUCUAUAAUGACCCCACCCACCAUCUUCACUCAUUAUUUCAGCUGCUGCCAUCAGGCAGGAGCCUUAAUGUCCCAUGUGCCCUCUGCUGUAAACAGAGACAUAUUAAAAUAACUCCCCUCACACACACACACACACACACACACACACACACACACACACAUAUACACACACAGUCCAUGAGCACUGCAACUGUUGGAAAUGUAUUGUUAUGUAUUCGUAUUGUGUUGCCAAAAUGCCGAAGAACAAUUUCCAUUUCAUGACAUGUAAUGGACAAAAAAGUGUUCUAAUCUAAAUGACAUUAAACUGACCACAACUGCCAUUUGUUUUAACUUCAGCAAGUUUAUUGCAGGUCUUAAUGUCUUCAAGACCCUGAGCAAGGAUGUCUUGUGGGAACAUUAUGUGACAAGAAAGACUGUACAAUUUGCAGCAUUUAUCUAUUUGGCUAAAGAGGGAUACCAUGCCUACUUUUUUUUUGUAUUUGGUCUUUAAAAGUGUUUUCUGUGCUGCAUAUUUUAUGGAAAUAUUGAAUGUAACGUAUGAGAAAUGUCCAGUAUGUUCAACGAAGAAUGUACUUCAUUCGGGCCGAAGAACAUUCCCAGCUGGUCUGCGGGUUUGAACACGGCACGUAGUUUACUCUGCGACCUCUGCAGUGAAGACACAAUCACAAACUCUCCUGUGUUGUUCAAUGAAUUACUGAUUCCUGUGGAACCAAACCUUUUCAUUGAUAUUGUAAAUGACAUUGUAAAUGUAUAAUAAACGUUAGAUGAGGAUCAAUUAGUUAUCAUAACGAUGAUAUGUGAAUGCCAUUUGUGUUUAUGUUACAUUCCCAUACUUGCCAGUUCUCAAGUUUUCUUGAGAUUGUUUUGAUAAUAUCUGCAGGCUUGCAUUAAUAUUUAUGGGGAAUAAUGUUAUUAAACGUGUUAUCACGUGUUGUAUUGGCUUGUCUUACAAUGGUAGUUUUUGUAUUUUUGUUUUUCUUGAAAUGUGGACAGUAAAUAUAUUCUUGCCCUACCUCU